AUGCUGUUCAGCUCAGAGACAUUGCGUGAAGCACCUUGUUUAACCCAAAAAUGUCAGUGGUCUGGAUGGAUUUCCGUGAGUGUCCCAGAAAUUGGUAUUGAUAAAGGUGACAAUGAAACUUAUGAAAACAUCAAACUGCACAACAUAAAGAUCUGCGAGAAGCCAGAAAACAUAUCAUGCCGAGCAAGGAAGUUUCCUGACUGGUCUUUUGAGGAUUUGCAACAAAAAGUGACAUGUGAUGUUUCCACUGGGCUUAUUUGCAAAAACAAAGAUCAGAUUCCUGGACCUGUAAUGCCUGCACCAGUCUGUCUCGACUAUGAAAUCAACGUCUGCUGUCCGGUGGAGUGUUCUACUACCACUCCAAUGCCUACUUCUACCACCACUUCCACUACUGAAAGCACUACUACCACCACUCCACCUACUCCCACACCGCCUACUUCUACCAUCCCCUCUACUACCGAAAGCAGGACUACCACAAUUACUACCACUCCACCUACUCCAACUCCCACACCUACUUCUACCACCCCCUCCACUACCGAAAGCAUGACUACCACAAUUACCACCACUCCAUCUUCUCCAACUCCCACUCCUACCAUUACUUCCACUACUGAAAGCACUACUACAAGAAUUACUACCACUCCAUCUACUCCCACUACAACACCUACUUCUACCACCCCCUCUACUACUGAAAGCACGACUACCACAAUUUCCACCACUCCAUCUACUCCAACUCCCACUCCUAUUUCUACCACCCCCUCUACUACCGAAAGCACAACUACUGCAAUUACUACCACUCCACCUACUCCCACUCCCACACCUACUUCGAGCACCCCCUCUACUACCGAAACUCCACCUACUCCCACUCCCACACCUACUUCUAGCACCCCCUCUACUGCCGAAAGCAUGACUACCACAAUUACCAGCACUCCAUCUUCUCCAACUCCCACUCCUACCAUUACCUCCACUACUGAAAGCACUACUACAAGAAUUACCACCACUCCAUCUACUCCCACUACAACACCUACUUCUACCACCCCCUCUACUACCGAAAGCACGACUACCACAAUUACCACCACUCCAUCUACUCCAACUCCCAUUCCUAUUUCUACCACCUCCUCUACUACUGAAAGCACUACUACCACAAUUACCACCACCCCACCUACUCCCACUCCUACUUCUACCAUCACUUCCACAAGUGAAAGCACUACUACCACAUUAACCACCACUCCAUCUACUCCCACUCCAACGCCUACUCCUACUACCACUACCGAAAGCACUACUACCAGAAUUACCCCCACUCCAUCUACCCCCACUCCUACUCCUACUAUCAUUUCAUCUACAGAAAGCAGUACUACCACAGUUACCACAACUCCAGCUACUCCGACUGCAACACCUAUUCCCACCACCAUCUCCAUAAAAACUCCUACAAGUCCAACGGCAGGAUCGAGUACAAUACAACCCUGUGAUCUAGGAGAUCAUAUUGUAGAGCCAGGAGAAAGUGGGGGGAUAUGUAAUUGCACCGAGUUAGUGUGUGUUACGGGUAACAUAUGGGAGAGGUACCCUGUCAAGUGUGACAAACCACCAAAGCCCACAUGUGCCAAUGGGCUUGCUCCUAUAGAAGUAUUGGAUGAAAAUGGAUGCUGCCCGCAUUGGGAAUGUGACUGCUAUUGCACUGGCUGGGGAGACCCACAUUACAUGACAUUUGAUGGACUCUACUACAGUUACCAAGGUAAUUGUACCUAUGUCCUAAUGGAAGAGAUUGAUCACACCAUCCACAACUUUGGAGUGUACAUCGAUAACUACCACUGUGAUCCAGCGCAAUCUGUCUCUUGCACCCGUACUCUCACCGUAAAACAUGAGUCCCAGGAAGUGCGCCUCAAAACGGUCAAACUGAUUCCUUUGAAAGUAGAGGUGACUGUGAAUCAUGUGGCAGUGGCUUUACCUUAUGAAAAAUAUAGCAUGAAGGUUUACAAGGCUGGUAUAAACCAUGUGGUGGAACUACAUAGAUUGAAGAUUAAUGUAACAUACAAUGGCAUGGCCUUCACAAUCCGAAUGCCCUAUAGCACUUUUGCCAACAAUACCCAGGGACAAUGUGGAAAAUGCAACAACAAUAUCCAUGAUGACUGUAUGUUACGGAAUGGGACUGUUAUACCUUCUUGUGAAAUAAUGGCAGAUGACUGGAUUAUUUAUGAUCCAGAAAAGCCACAUUGUGGACAUAUGCCCCCACCUCCACCUCAACCUCCUUCCCCCUGCAAACCAUCUCCAUUGUGUGAGCUUCUAAAAGGAAAUAUAUUUCAGAAGUGUCAUCACCUUGUUGACGUUAAAAGCUACUAUGAUGCCUGCGUGUUUGAUAGCUGCAGAAUGCCCAACCAAUUCAUGGAAUGUGCAAGUCUUCAAAUCUAUGCAGCAACCUGUGCAGAUCAGGGGGUUUGCAUAGACUGGAGAGGACAUACCAAGAAAGCAUGUCUUAAUAUCUGCCCGCCCAAUAAAGUGUACAAAGCAUGCGGUCCUGCUAUACAAGAAACGUGCAAAUCAGGCUUAACAGAGCAGAACCAGACCCAACAAAUAGAAGGGUGCUUCUGUCCUGAGGGGACAAAACUUUAUGACACUGCUAUAGAUGUAUGUGUGGAAACUUGUGGAUGUGUUGGACCGGACAAUAUUCCCAGAAAGUUUGGGGAGACCUUUCAGUUUGACUGCAAAGAUUGUAUUUGCCUGGAAGGUGGAAGUGGCAUUAUCUGUGAAGCCCACAAGUGUCCAGUACCAGUUCAUGAAGUACAGUGUGAAGGAGAAGGAUAUCAGAAGAUCACCAAAAUUAAUCCUGACGACAAAUGUUGUUCAGACACCGUGUGUGUGUGCAACACCACUCUAUGUACAACCAAGCCUCCUCAGUGUGAAGCAGGAUUCUCGGCUGUUGCUAAUACCACUGAAGAACACUGUUGUCCUUCUUAUGAUUGCAAUCCUAAAAAAGUGUGCGUGAAGGAUGGUAAUGAAUAUAAGCCCGGUUCAGAAGUCUUAGGAAGCAAGUGCCAGAAGUGUAUAUGCACAAAUAAACAAAACAGCACCACUCUUCUGAAUAUCAUAGAGUGUAAGAAUAUCCCAUGUAACGUGAAGUGCCAGGCGGGCUAUUCUCCUAUUCUACACCCUGGUGACUGCUGUCCAAUAUGCGUGCAGACAAGUUGUGUUAUAAGAACAAUAGAAAAUGACAUUGUCACUUUAAGACCUGGUGAAAAUCAGAAUGAUCCCAAAGACAACUGUACUAUUUACAGCUGUACAAGGAUUCAUAGACAGCUGAUUUCCUCUACCUCUGUGAUUAAAUGCCCAACGUUUGAUGAGAAUAGAUGCCAACCUGGCACCAUUAUUUACUUGCCUAAUGGCUGUUGUAAGACGUGUAUAUUAAUGGAAGCUACCCCAUCAUGCUCUGCCAGUCAAACAAUGGACUAUAUCAAUUACAGUGGCUGCCGUUCAGAGGAUCUUGUCCCUGUGACUCAGUGUGAAGGAAGAUGUGGAACUUUUUCAAUAUACUCUCCUGAAGCUAAUUCCAUGACGCGUAAGUGCAAGUGCUGCAGAGAGUCAAAGACAGCCAAGAAAGAAAUCAUGCUGCUGUGUCCUGGUGGCAUCAGAAAGAAACACAGGUACAUCCAUGUGGAACACUGUGAGUGCCUGAACACUGAAUGUGGUGAUGAGCGAAGCUCCUCAGAAGAAUAUAGGGAGGACAAAGAAAUCAUCACGCAACCACCCCAGGCCAUCAGGAACAGAAGUACGAAAGUUUUGGAAUGA